AUGGACCUGCGCUUCUGCCCCGCGGCCGGGGACCCCGCCGGCCUGGACUUCGCGCAGUGCCUGGGCUACUACGGCUACGGCAAGUUCGGGAAUAACCAUAACUACAUGAACAUGGCCGAGGCCAGCAAUGCGUUCUUUGCGGCCAGUGAGACGUUCCACACGCCGAGUCUCGGGGACGAGGAGUUUGAGAUCCCCCCCAUCACGCCUCCGCCCGAGUCGGACCCCGCCCUGGGCAUCCCCGACGUGCUCCUGCCCUUCCAAGGCCUCAGCGACCCCGUGCCCGCCCAGGGCAGCGAGUUCACCCCCCAGUUCCCCCCGCAGAGCCUGGACCUCCCGUCCAUCACCAUCUCCAGGAAUCUCGGGGAACAAGACGGCGUGCUCCACAGCGGCGGGUCGCACAUGGAUCAGAGCCACAGCCAGGUGUCCCAGUACCGCCAGGAUCCGUCCUUGAUCAUGAGGUCCAUCGUCCACAUGACGGAUGCUGCCCGCUCGGGGAUCAUGCCUCCUGCCCAGCUCACCACCAUCAACCAGUCUCAGCUCAGUGCCCAGUUGGGGUUGAACUUGGGAGGAGCCAGUUUGCCCCAUACGUCUCCUUCCCCUCCAGCGAGCAAAUCGGCAACCCCUUCCCCUUCCAGCUCCAUCAAUGAGGAGGAUGGGGAUGACUCCAGUAGGGCCAUCGGGGAGAAGAGAGCGGCUCCAGAUUCUGGCAAGAAGCCCAAGACGCCGAAGAAAAAGAAGAAGAAGGAUCCCAACGAGCCCCAGAAGCCAGUGUCCGCAUACGCCCUGUUUUUCAGGGACACACAGGCGGCCAUUAAAGGUCAGAACCCCAACGCCACCUUUGGAGAAGUCUCAAAGAUCGUGGCGUCCAUGUGGGACAGCCUGGGAGAGGAACAGAAGCAGGUGUAUAAAAGGAAAACGGAAGCUGCCAAGAAGGAGUACCUAAAGGCGCUGGCCGCCUACCGGGCCAGCCUCGUGUCUAAGGCGGCCGCUGAAUCGGCGGAAGCCCAGACCAUCCGAUCCGUCCAGCAGACCCUGGCGUCCACCAACCUGACAUCCUCCCUCCUCCUCAACCCUCCGCACGGAGCGGUGGCGGCGGUGGCGGCCGCGCCCCAGGCCCUGCAGCAACAGUCACUCCCUCGCUCCAUCGCUCCCAAGCCCUUGCCCAUGAGGCUGCCCAUGAACCAGAUCGUCACGGCGGUCACCGUUGCGGCCAGCAUGCCGUCGAACCUUGGGGCGCCGCUCAUCAGCUCCCUGGGCGCCAGCCUGGUGGGCUCGGCGCCCGCCACGCAGGUCAGCCCGUCCGCGCAGACCCCUCAGCAGCAGCAGCUGCAGCAGCAGACCCAGCAGCUGCAGCUGCAGCAGAUGCACCAGCAGCUCCAGCAGCAGAUGCACCAGCAGCUCCAGCAGCAGAUGCACCAGCAGCUCCAGCAGCAGAUGCAGCAGCAGCUCAGCCAGCAGCACCUGCAGCAGAUGCAGCUCCAGCAGCAGCUGCAGCACAUGCAGCACCCGGUGUCGCAGCCUUCACCGCGCCAGCACUCGCCCGGCGGCGGCGCCCCGCAGCUGACGUCCCCCGUCCCCGCCAUCGGGAGCCCCCCGCCGGCCUCCCAGCCGCAGCACCCGGCGCAGGUACAGUCCCAGACACAGGCGCCCGUGUUACCACAGGUCAGUAUUUUCUGA